AUGGGAGGUCGCAAGAAACAACAAGCGCCAAAAGCAGCCAAGAAGUACACUAUUCCAACUGUUUUUGACUGCCCGUUCUGAAACCAGCACGAAUCAGUGGAAGUUAAAAUUGAGACAGAAGCAGCGGUUGGAAAUGUAUUUUGAAGACUUUGUAGUGCAAGUUUCCAGACUUCAGUUCAUCACUUAAUGGAGCCUAUUGAUAUUUACUGAGAGUGGAUUGACCAAAGUGAAAAACUACAGAAGGAAAUGGACUCUAAAGACAAGAAAACACUCAAAGCAGCCACAGGAGAUUUUCAGGAUGACUUUGAUAAUGAGGCCGAAGGCGAGGGAGAUUAUGCAGAUGAACAAGAAGAACCAGCUCCUAUGAUGAAGAAAACUAUUGAAAACCCUGAAGAAGCAGCACCUGCAAAGGACGAUGAUGCAGAAGGGGAGGAAUCUGAUGACUAUGAAUAAAUUUC